AUGCUGAAAGACUUUAGAACUGAAUUUCGCAAGGUCCACGGUCAGAGGCAGCUGCAGUUGCUCCAUGCUCCAGGUGCAGCCCAUGAUCUUGUAGCAGAAAGAGGCUUUGCAAAGGCUUAUGCCAACAUGAACUUCAAUGCCUAUGGUGCAGGGUUCUACUUCGCUCAAGAUCUUCGCCUACCAGACUUCUUUGCCACUGGUCGUGAAAACCAUCCAGGGCCGUCUGAAGCCAGACUCGUGCUGCUUUGCUGCGUGGCCGCUGGCAAGUCGGCUAUCAAGCAACGUAUUUUCCCGUUUGUGCCAGGCGACCCCAAGAGCGGCAGACCUGUAGGCGAGUGGCAGGCAGAGUUGGCCAAACCUGAGAACCGAAAGGCGCCUGAUGGCUGUCAAAGCUGCAUAUCGGACACAAAUGAUGAGCUGAUUGUUUAUGAAGCCAACCAAAUCUACGUGGAGUACUCCAUCCGGUACACGAGCAGUGCAUUUGCCGGAAAUCCUUAUGACAACUUGCGAGGAUCUCUCAAAGAGAUUCCUCAAGAAACAUGA